AUGGACGAGACACGGGAGCCUCUGGCCAUGACUGUCCACCUCCUGGCCAACUCCGGGCAUGGCUCGCUUCUGCAGCAAACCCUGGACCAGCUCCUGGACUGCAUUUGCCCAGAGGUCCGUGUCUUUCUGGUGUCUGAGCGGGUCAGUCCAGGGAAAUACUAUGACAAAUGCCACUCCAAGCGGUCCCGCUUCCCGGGGAUGUCUGUUCUGCUCUUCCUGCACGAAAGCCUCGGAGAGGAGCGGCUGUUUCGCGUCCUUGACUCCCUACAUCAUUGGCCGUGGCAGUGCUACCCCACCCAGAAUGCGCAGGGAAGACCGUGCCCCUAUAUUCUUGCCAAUCAGGAAUUCUAUAGUCUGGACAACCAGAUGCCCAUCUGGGGCGUGAGGCAGGUGCACUGUGGCACCGAGAUCCUGAGAGUGACGCUCUACUGCAGUUUUGGUAACUACGAGGAUGCCAUCAGGCUCUAUGAGAUGAUCCUGCAGAGGGAAGCCACUUUGCAGAAGAGCAGCUUCUGUUUCUUCGCGCUCUACUCCACCGAGAGCUUUGCCCUGCAGCUCUCCCUGAAGCGGCUGCCCCCUGGGGUGUCGGUGGACCCCAAAGAGGCUUCAGUGUUGCAGUUCAAGGUUCAAGAGAUUGGCCAGUUAGUGCCUCUGCUACCCCAUCCGUGUGUCCCCAUCAGCCAUACCCGGUGGCAAACACAGGACUAUGACGGCAACAAGAUUCUACUUCAGGUCCAGUUGAAUCCAGGACUUGGUGUUAGGAAUGGUGAGCUUGCCUUUCUGAAUGGCACCUCGGGAGCUGACACGCUCCCCCAGGGCUCCAGGCUGACCCCUGUCUCUGCGAUUAGGACCCUAGAGCCGAGAAGCCGAAGGAGCCGGGGCAGGAGGUUCAAGGUGGGGUCCGUGGAGCGGCCUGAGCCUGGUGGGCGGACAGCGUCAGACAGCGCUAGUGGCACUUCGUGGAAAAGCCCUGGCCGCUCAGCCCAGCCCAGCAGCCCAGCUACGGACUCCCAGCUGCCUCUGCCUUCUCUCCACCUCGAACCCGGGGCCAGAAUAGAGGUGCUCAGAUGGGAAAACAGCUUUGAGAAGCAAGAGGCAGAGACGAAUGUUGACACAGGAUUCACCGUGGUCAGCUCUGGACCCAGGCAAUAUUUUCUGAGCAGAUUUCCAAGGGAUCUUUGGACCCACCAGCCACCAUCCUGCUUGUCAACCUCUUCCGUAGGGGCAGCUGCUUCCAAAAACAACAGAAUCUUUAAGGAAAGCGUUCAUCCUCUGUCACUUGCUGACCAAAGGGACCUUUGUUCCAGGACAAUAAUCUCAAAAUGUCCCCUUCCUCUGCCAGUCCAGGGUGAAGAAAAAGAAGCAGAAGAAGAAUUCUUUAUAUAG